AAUUGAUUUAAUAAUCAAAGGUCUAGGGAUAUCUCUUUUACUUCCCUCCGAGCUAGGGUUCAGGUUCAUAAAGGGGGGACAUAUGAGACAUUUGUCAAUGAAAAAAAAAAAAUUAUUGAAUAACAAUUGUAAUUGAGCCGGUUUUGAAAAGACUGUUCAAAAAAAAAAAAACCACUAUUUUUAUUGGAUAUUUGCUGACCUGGCACAGCCCUCUAUCUCUCUCUCUCUCUCUUUUAUUAUAAACACCCGGAGUGUAACUUUUGUCUUGCGACGUCUUUCGAAUUUUCAAAACCCCCUCCUCCAGUUUCUCUCUCUACUUCAACUCUCUUUACCGUUUCGAAACUCUCGAUUCUCUGAGAACUCCUAUCUAUUAGAUACGAAAAGGGUUUCGACUUUCGAAAGAAUACGAACAUCACUGCAGCUGAUCAAGGAUAAUCUAUCUCUGUUCAUCAAGAUUUAUGACGAUCGAAACACUCUUUUUUGGAAUUUUGGAGUUUGAUGAUUUCGAGGAGUUUUGAUGCUUUUCUUUCAUCUCUUUCGCAUUAUUAGGGUUUUUAAGUAAAGGUUGGCGCUGGCAUAUUUCAACCAUUGAAGUCAAAACUAUUCAAAGAGUCAUUGGAUAAUAUCUGGUCCAUUUGGUGGAAGUUAUACAGGAUUAUAGGUGGGCUUUUUAGAUAAACAAAUCAGUAUGAGUGCCAAAGACUACCAAGGUGCUGCAGGCUCUCCUAAAGUGGAGGUUGGAGAGAUAGAUACCAGGGCACCAUUUCAAUCUGUCAAAGAUGCCGUCAAUUUAUUUGGUGAAGGUGCUUUUUCGGGGGGAAAAACUGCCAUUAGAAAGGCAAAAUCCCAUUCUGCAGAGAAGGUAUUGGCGAAAGAGACCCAGCUUCACUUGGCCCAGAAAGAGUUGAGCAAGUUGAAGGAGCAGCUGAAGAAUGCUGAAAUUACAAAAGCCCAAGCACUUGUAGACCUUGUAAAGUCUAAAAGAACAGUUGAUGAUCUUACACAGAAGCUGAAUAUUGUUGGUGAAUCAAAAGAAUCAGUGAUCAAGGCAACAGAGGCUUCAAGAGAUCUGGUGAAACAACUUAGAGAAGCCAACUGUGGCAAUCCUGUGGGUACUGAUGGUGACUGGAAACAGGAUUUAGAAAGUUCAAGAAAGCAUUACAUGUCUGCAAUUGCUGAACUCGAUACUGCAAAACAAGAGUUAAGACAAAUCCAUCAGGAUUAUGAUGCAUCCAUGGAAGCAAAAGUUGCUGCCUUCAAGCAAGCAGCAGAAGCUGAGCAGGAAGCCAAAGUAAACAUGGAGAGAGCUGGUGAGCUUUCAAAGGAAAUUACCACUGUGCAGGAAUCAAUUGGUCAGGUGAAGCUUGCAACUGAGCAAGCCCAGCAAAAGCAAGCAAAGAUAUAUGCUGAAAAGAAUGUUCAAAAGCAGUCAUAUAAAACCACACUUGAAGAGUCAGCAAAAAAAUUGAUUGCUUUGAAAAAAGAGUUUGAUCCUGAGCUGUCCAAGAAUAUUGAGGCACAGCUGGCUGAAACGGUCACUGAGAUUGGAGCUCUGAAGAAAGAUGUGGAAAACACAAAGGCGUCAGAUCUUGAUUCUUUAAAAAUUGUCACCGAAGAGCUGGAUUAUGCUAAGGAGUCAUUGCAUAAAGUAGCAGAAGGAGAAGGUUCCCUCCGAAGCUUGAUGGAGUCCUUGAAGCUGGAGCUGGAGAAUGUGAAGAAAGAGCAUUCUGAACUGAAGGAGAAGGAAGCAGAAACUGAAUCUAUUGUGGGGAAUCUGCAUGUCAAGCUCCGGAAAAGUAAGUCUGAGCUUGAAGCAGCCCUUUCUGAAGAAUCCAGAGUAAGAGUUGCUUCUGAAGAAAUGAUUUCAGCCUUCCACCAACUAUCAUCAGAAAGUGAAAAUGCAAAACAUGAAGCAGAAGAGAUGAAGAAGAAAGCUGAAGAGCUGAAGGAGGAAUCUGAAGCCACUAGAAUCGUGCUAGAAGAGGCAGAGAAUAAGCUAAAAAUUGCAUUGGAGGAAGCUGAAGAGGCAAAGGCUGCCGAAGCAAGGGCCCUUGAUCAAAUUAAGAUAUUGUCUGAGAGAACUGAUGCAGCACGUGCCUCAACCUCUGAAUUUGGUGCCCAAAUCACAAUAUCAAGAGAAGAAUUUGAAUCGUUAAGCCGGAAAGUUGAGGAAUCUGACAAAUUAGCAGAAAUGAAAGUGGCUGCUGCAAUGGCUCAGGUAGAAGCUGUGAAAGCUAGUGAAAAUGAGGCCCACAAGAGACUAGAGGGAACUCAGAAGGAGAUUGAUGAAAUGAAAGCUGCAGCAAAAGAUGCAGUGAAGAGAGCUGAGAUGGCUGAGGCAGCUAAGAAGGCAGUGGAGGGAGAGCUACAAAGAUGGCGUGAACGAGAGCAAAAGAAGGCUGCUGAAGUUGCAUCUCGGAUUCUGGCAGAAACAGAGUCAUCACAAUCAUCCCCCCACAACUACCUGAUUCAAAAGCAUAAUCCAUCAGAGAUCAUUGGAGUUCGUAAGUUGGAAAAAGAAAAACAUCCUGCAUUGAAAAAAGUAUUUUUGGCUAACCUCAGCGUCAUCUUUCACAGGAAGAAGAACCUAGUGGAGGGUGGGUCACCGUCUUAUAUGCCUGUGUGAUACUCGUUUUUGUGAAAGGUUUGUGCAACUAAGAAUGGUCGAGAUAAAAUUGUUAAUACCUUGGUUGUGCGUGCAUCUAAGACCACUAGGAUCAAAUUUUGUUAUUUUGUAUGUCUGGGUACAGUAUUGAAUGUCAAGAUAGAAUGGAAGUGAUUAAGAGUAUUUUUUGUAUAAACAAGCUACAAGAUGUUGGAGAUUUUAUUACAUGAUUUUUUUUCUA